AUGUCUUCAUCAAACGGAAGGGGUGCUGGUGGCAACCAGAUCUGCCAACGGUUCCAGAGGGGAGCAUGCCGAUAUGGCUCCCGAUGUAAAUUCUCUCACGACCCGAGCACCGCACGGUCUCGCCCCUCUCGAGCUUCACGUCCAGUCCAAGUCUCUGUCACACGAGCAUACUUCCCGGAUGAAUGCGACGGAGACCGGUCUUCCCAACUGAGUGACCAUCUCACUUCCGCUUUGACAGAUCACACUUAUCUUAGCCAAGUCUGGGACACGACGCUGCAACUCUUCGCUCGAUUAGAUGAGCAGGUCAACCAUCGCACCGUGCAAACUCUUGUGAUUGAAGGCCUCAAGGCUAUUACGGCCACAAUCCAGCUUCCUCAGAACGCAACCCCGGAUCACGUCAAGACGGUCGAGAAGUUUCUGCGAUCACUCAGCCACCCUGAGCUUGUGAACUCUGUGACUCUUUCAACCCGAGUCGAUAAAAUGUACCGCACAUUUUCUGGUCAAAACGGAGAGGAGGGCCUUCGAUUUAUCCAAGGCUACUGUGACCUUCUUUCAAAAGACUUUCCCCUCGUUCAGUCACUCCAGGAAGGCAAGGGUAUCAAGGCGACCAUGAGCGACAUGCUAGUUGUGACUUCUCAAUUGUUCGCGAGAGUUCCCCAGCAUCGACAGAAUGACCAGCUUGCAGCGGUUUUCAACUCGGUUGAGGGAUUGCUUGCUGUGGCUCGAAAGAACAAGGAGGUAUCAGAGAUUGAUUACAAUUCGUUCAUGGCCAGGAUCUCUGCCAUGAGAAGUGCUGCCAUCAGAGGAAGAUCCGAUGCCCAGAAUCGUGCGAAGGACAGCAACAUUGAAGCUCCAGGAGGGCGUCACGACAAUGAUUUCGACAGUAUCUCUGAUAUCGAGAUCUUCCCCACCUAUAGCGAGAUCAUGAGCGACAAGCCCGAGUAUCUUCCAAGCACCUUGUUGACCGCCCCCAACACCGUGGAAGAUCCGCUGCAGCGAUAUGUUGACACCAUGUUUCGCUUAAUGCGACAUGACAUCUUUGGUCCGAUGAAGACGGUUCUGAAAACCCUUCUUGCGCAGGCGUCAGACUCUCGAACUCCCACGUUAUCUAAUAACGAUGCCCGGGCGAGCGUCUACCACCAAUCGAGCAUUCGCAGCAUCUUCGUCAAUGACCGGAAUGAACUCGAGGCUGUCGUCUCUUUUCAGGGACCUCCCCACGUUUUGACAAGGUUCUUACCUGACCAAACAGAUUGGUGGAAGAAUUCUUCGCGGUUCGAGGAAGGGUCCCUGAUCGCUUUUUUGUCCCGCGCAGACGGCAAGAACAGAAUGUUGUUCUUGCAGGUGACAGUCAAGAAUGCUUCGCAGGUUGAUCAUGGUGUCAAGUGGUCCCGAUACCCCAGCACACUGGUAUCCAAGAACAAGAUCUCGAGUUUCACCGUUAGGCUUGUGAACUCGUCCUCGAAAGACUUGGAUCAUCUCUGUGAUCUCUUCCAACAAAAAGCGCAAGGCUUUUUGGUAGACUUCCCUGGUUUGAUUCCUGCAACCUUCCACCCGGUUCUUGCCAACUUGCAGCGGGUUCAGCGUGAAGGUGACCUGGCCUUCCGUCAGUGGAUCUUGCCCAGUGCUCAUGGCAACGUGAAGAACAUCCCACCACCAGCAUACUCUAGGCACCCAGACUUUGUGUUCAACCUCGAUCGCAUUGCCAAGGGCGAGAUGAAACUGGAUACCAAGAAGCCAAUUGAAUCCUUCAGUUUGUCUGAACUUGAAGAGAAGUCCGGCUUGGACCAUGGUCAAUGCCGGGGGCUUGUGGAUGCACUCACCAAGGAGUAUUCGCUUAUCCAAGGUCCACCUGGCACCGGAAAGUCGUUUCUCGGGCAGAAGAUCAUCGAAGUUCUCACGGCUCCGACGACUACGAUGAAUAUGGGCCCAAUCUUGAUCGUAUGCUACACAAAUCACGCGCUCGACCAGUUCCUGAAGCACAUUCUUGAUAGUGGAAUCACCAAACUAGUUCGUAUUGGAAGUCGCAGUGAAGCACCCGAGCUUGAGGACAAGAACAUUCUGGUGGUCAGCAAAUCCACCAAGAAAACCGGCUCUGAGACCAAUACGCUCUCCUAUACUGGAAAGGCCUUGGAUGAGGCCAUGGAGAAAGUCUCAUCUGUUUUGAUUAGCCUCGACAACCGCAGCACGCAACCCACGUGGGCCGAUUUGGACGAUUUCCUGCUGAAGCACCAUGAGUUGAUUCAUCGUCAGCUGAAGGCCGGCAGCCCACGCCGAUAUGACAAUGCUAAGACAAAGGAUCCGCUUGUGAGUUGGUUGGGACGCAGGCCCGCGACCAGUAGCUCCCAAAACGGAAGCCAAGUCAAUUUGGCCAAGCUCAUCACCAAAGCGGAGUGGGAUGUCAGGGCUCUUUCGAAUCAAGAACGCUGGGAGUUGGUGGACAGUUGGCUUAGUGGAGCAAGCGUCUCAGACAACUCUGCACUUCAUAAUGCUCUUAAAGAAGCCGAUGGUCACCGGGCGGCGAUGAACAGCGUUCGGGAGGAAGUGCGCCGACGCACUCUGAUGAAUUCGAAGAUCAUUGGCAUGACUACGACCUCGCUUGCGAAGAACAUUGACACACUCCGCAGGGUUGGCAUCCGAGUCGUUAUCUGCGAAGAGGCUGCAGAGGUAACCGAAGCCCACAUGUUGUCUGCCUUGAUGCCAGGUGUCGAACACUUCAUCCAGAUUGGCGACCACAAGCAGCUGAGGCCUCAAAUCAACGAUUACAACCUCAGUCUUGAGUCUUCGUCCAAGACGAAAUGGCAACUUGAUCGUAGCCAGUUUGAGAGGCGAGCCAUGGGUGAGCCUGGCCUUGAGCCAGUGCCAGUGGCACAGCUCAGUGUUCAGCGACGAAUGAGGCCCGGGAUCUCAAGAUUGAUUCGGCGAGUAUACCCUUCGUCGGAAGAUCACAAGUCGGUCGGAGGUUUCCCAAAUGUGGUUGGGAUGCGCCAAGAUCUCUUCUGGCUUGAUCAUCGGCAUUUGGAAGACAGUCAGUAUGGUAAUGGCUCAAUCAGGUCCCACAGCAACAGGUGGGAAGUCUCAAUGGCUACGGCUUUGGUUCGUCACUUGGUUCGGCAAGGAGCCUACGACAGCUCUGAUAUCGCCCUUCUCACACCCUACGCUGGCCAGCUCAAGCAACUGAAGGCUGCCUUGAGCAACGAGUUUGAGAUUCGCCUCAACGAGGCUGACCAAAAGAAGAUGACUGAAGAAGAGGCAUGGUUAGCCAGCCUGAACGGACGGACUGUGGAAGUAGCUGAGAAGUUUGUCAAGAAGCCACUCCUUCAGACCCUCCGCGUUGCAACCGUCGACAAUUUCCAAGGAGAGGAGGCCAAGGUGAUUGUGGUCUCGCUUGUGAGGAGCAACAAUUCCCGCCAGGUUGGAUUUUUGGCUACAGAGAACCGAAUCAACGUGCUUCUGAGCCGAGCGCAGCACGGCAUGUAUCUCAUUGGAAACGCCAACACCUACCAGAACGUGCCGAUGUGGGCUGAUGUUCAUCAGCAGAUCUCCGAGGCUGGGAACGUCGGUACUGAGCUGGAAAUCUGCUGCCCGCGACACCCUGAGACAUCCAUUGUAUGCUCCGAACCCCGGGACUUCAAAGACAAGAGUCCCGAUGGAGGUUGCGCCGAACUCUGCGGAAAGCCAUUGGAGUGUGGGCACAAGUGCAAGUCCAAGUGUCACUCCGACAUGAUGCAUCAAAAUACCCCUUGCAACGAGCCAUGCGAUCGCCCCAGGCAUGACUGCGGCCACAAAUGCCGAAAGCUCUGCAAGGACGAUUGUGGCUCCUGUGAAGCCAACACGGGCGACCUGAAGCUAUCCUGCGGCCAUGUCCUGAAGAACGCCACGUGCAAAGAGCGAAACUCGACUGGCACUAUCAUCUGCCAGACCAAAGUUCAAAAGCAGCUUGAGCUCUGCAACCAUCUUGUCCCCACGGAAUGCCUCGGACAUCCCGAUGAGAUCAAGUUUGAUGAGAGGAUCAAGUGUAUCUCUCGUUGUGGUCAGAAACUGGAGUGUGGGCACGUUUGCGGCUCCAUGUGCUCGGAUUGUACUAUUUACAGCGGUUGGGGGCCUAUGUACGAGCACCAGCCAUGCCCAUCAUGCAAAUAA